UAGUGUUCAGUGGAGGUUCAGUUAUUCAAGAUAUUUGAAUGCCAGAAUGUAGCCUAUAAUUGAAUAUUGAUAAUAUUGAGUGCCUGAUAAUGUUACAGCUAGUGCUGUUCAAAACAUACUGUUUGUUAGGGCCGAUUGUGGAUUGCAGCUUUCUGGAGAAAAGCUCAAAAUACUCCUUCAAAUAACUUCAUACUCAGCAUCCUGAAAAAUAUACCUUUUAUGAGUCAUAGUCCUAUAGCAAUGCUAUAACAAGUCUGUGUGUCAUUUCGCCACAAACUAUUUUUCAUCUCAAGUCGGUGGUUAAAGGAAGUGUGUGACACUGAUGUCAUAUGCAUUAAUUUUAGCAGUAGAGCAUGUUAAUAAACUGAGACUCUGAUGUGUAAGGCUUAAACAUUGCCUUCCUUGCUUUCUAAUACUAAAUUAAACAAAUGCAUUCAUGACAUAUUUGUGUAAUAUGCAAUUAGUUGUGUAUAUUUUAUUAUAUACAACAGGUGGCACCUUUUUGUCACGUUUUUGUAGAAUUUUAAUGUUUUGUGUAACCAAGUGCUUUCUGUUUUUAUGGUUUGAAUGUAGAAAUAGGCUUAAUAAUAAUAAUAAAAAUCCACACACAACCUCUCACAGGCCUCUCUAUUUCGGAUUUCAUGAUCCAACCGAUUAAGUCCUCUGAGUUUUUGUCAAUAAACAUCUAUUAUUCAUUCAACCCCAGUUGGAUCCUGGUCUUGCUUCUGACACAACUUGUUUAAAUUUCAGGUUCCACCUGAGAGUCGGGACUGUCAAAUAGUAAGGAGAGUCCUUGAUUUUUUAUUUUUUUUAGUGUUCUGGAGGUUCAGUUAUUCAAGCUAUUUGAAUGCCAGAAUGUAUAAUUGAGUAUUGACAAAAUAUUGAGUGCCUGAUAAUGUUACAGCUAGUGUUGUUCAAAACAUACUGUUUGUUAGGGCCAAUUGUAGCUUGCAGCUUUCUGGAGAAAUGCUCAAAAUAAUCCUGAAAAACAUAAAUUUUAUUAGUCAUAGUCCUAUAGCAAUGCUUUAACAAGUCUGUGUGUCAUUUUGCCACAAACUAUUUUUCAUCUCAAGUCGGUGGUUAAAGGAAGUGUGUGACACCGAUGUUAUUUGUACUAAUUUCCACAGUAGAGCAUGUUAAUAAACUGAGACUCUUAUGUGUAAGGCUUAAACAUUGCCUUUCUUGCUUUCUAAUACUAAAUUAAACAAAUACAUUCAUAACAUAUUUGUGUAAUAUGCAAUUAGUUGUGUAUAUUUUAUUAUAUACAACAGGUGGCACCUUUCCCCUUGCUUUUCUUCUCUGUUAUAUAAGUUAUUAUACUUCACACCUAUGGGCAAUAAGCAGAAUGAACAUUAUCUUCGUUACACACAAUGCAGGACAAAAUUACUUGAUUACAGGGAAAUAAAAAAUGCUUACCAUGAAUAAUAUUUAUGAUGUGGAAAAGCAUAUACAUUGCAUGCAUUUAUUGCAAUUAUUGCAAUUAUUAGGCUAGUCAACAUUCUGAUCAUAUUUUUAAACACUUUUACAAAUUCCAAACCACAUAAAUCUAAUAAUUUUGUUUACAAUCAUAUAUCUUAUAAUUAUAUAAUCACUGGAACUAGAACUGGAAGUGAAAAACGCUCACUGUUGCUCCAGAAACAAAUACUGUGCAUUAAGGAGGUUUAAACUUUUGAACAGAAUGAAGAUGUGUACAUUUAUCUUAUUUUGCCUAAAUAUAUUUUUUCAUUUAGUACUGCCCUUCAGAAGCUGCAAAAGAUACUUGCAUGUUUCAAGACAAAAGUUCAAUAUACACUGAUCUUCAAAUUGAAAAAGUUUUCUCCCCCUUAAUGCAUUGUUUUCUUCUGGAGCAACAUUGAGUGUUUAAACCUUCUAUAAUAAUUGCAUAUGAGCCCCUCAGUUGUCCUCAGUGUGAAAAGAUGGAUCUCAAAAGCAUACAGUCAUUGUUGGAAAGAGUUCAAAUACACAGAAAUGCAAAAAAAAAAACACACACACAGAAUUAGUGGGACCUAAGGGAUUUUUCUGCAGAACAGCAGGCAGUAUAUAAAAAAAAAUCAACUAGCUAACAAUACAGUAUGUGUGUUUGUGUGUUUACAGUAGGUAGGCUAUGCAUGCAUGGAUAUAUAAGGCAAUAACAUUUUUGAGACAAUGAAAAGGAUUGCCCUGUUUCUGGUUCUUGAUCAUAGUAAUUACAUUGCUGUCUAUGGGAGGAUCACAGAGGUCUCAGAAUUCAUAAAAAAAUAUCUUAUGAAUGACUGAAGGGCUUAUGGGUUUGGAAAGACAUGAGGUGCAGUAUCUGCAAACAACUCCAGAGGGAAGUCAUGUGUUGUCUGUAGUGCAUCUAUGCAUUGAGCAAGAUGUCCAACAUAUACACUCUGAGAGAAAUGUUUGGUGGCCAGUGGUCAUCUAGCGCACGACUCGAUGGCAAAACAGUCAUUAUAACUGGAGCAAAUACUGGCAUUGGAAAAGAAACCGCAAGAGACCUGGCAGGACGCGGGGCCAGGAUAAUAAUGGCUUGCAGAGACCUUGACAAAGCAGAAGGAGCACAGAAAGAGAUCAUGGAGGACUCAGGGAACCAAAACAUAGUGAUCAGGAAACUAGAUUUAUCUGACACCAAGUCAAUUAGAGAAUUUGCUGAGGCAAUCAACAAAGAGGAAAGAGCUAUUCACGUACUCAUUAACAAUGCUGGGAUCAUGAUGUGUCCCUACUCUAAGACAGCGGAUGGUUUUGAGAUGCAGUUUGGUGUCAACCACUUAGGUCACUUUCUGUUAACCUUCCUGCUGAUUGAUCUCCUGAAGCGAUCUGCCCCCUCAAGAAUCAUCAUCCUUUCCUCCAUGGCACAUGGUUGGGGCACAAUAGCUCUUGAUGAUAUCAAUAGUGAGAGGAAUUACCACAGUAGGAGGGCAUAUGGUCAGAGUAAAUUGGCCAAUAUCCUUUUCACUCGUUCCUUGGCCAAAAAACUCAAGGACACAGGUGUUACAGCUUAUGCAGUCCAUCCAGGAAUUGUGCGAACAAAACUUAAAAGACAUAUGAAUCUCGGACUUCUGAUCAUGUGGAAGAUUGUCAGACCUUUCACAAAGACCCCAGUGCAGGGAGCACAAACUACCAUCUUCUGCGCAGUGGAACCAGAGUUAGACAAAGAGAGUGGUGGUUACUACAGCAACUGCAGACCUUCGAGAUGCACCAGAGCUGCUAGAGAUGAUGAAAUGGCUGAGAAACUUUGGGAGCUCAGCUGCAAAAUGCUGGGAAUAGUCUGGAACUAAAUGCAGUGUUUUCCGUACACAAUUCAGUAUAUCCAUUUUUAUUUACUAUUAUUAUUGUUAUUUACAAUUAAUUCCAACAUGAACACCCAAGAAAAAAUGCCAUGACACAAACCAACAAAUGCUUAUUUGUGAGUAGGUUGUUUUAUUUUAAAGUUAGAAUAAGAAAAAUAGAUUUUUCCCCAUUCAUAAACCAUAAAAACUCUUGUAAGUACAUUAAACGGCGAGCAUGUAACAAUUAUACACUGCACUUAAAGUCAAUUUUAGCUGUUUGACCUUCCACAAGGAAUAUUUCCUUAAACCCAACACUGUUUAGCAACAGUGUUAAAGUGUUUUUUUUUUGAGAACUAAACAUUUUUGACAGAAUCAAUUACACAAAUACUUUAGCAUUUGUUUAAUCUCUUUUUAAUGUUUUGGUGAUUUCCCAGACUUUUUUUUUUUUUUUUUUGUAAAAUGCAAUCUGUGUUAAGUUUAAUGAUGCAAAUUAAUUGAGGAUAAUGAAUGUUACAACAUGUAUGCAUGUAUAUUACAACAUCUUUUGCCCUGUAGGAAAUAAUAAUAUAACACUAUCAUAAAUGUAUACAAUUAAUCUAUACAGUUUAAUAAACUUGAUCAUUUGUA